AUGCCUAAUGGUCUUGGAACGUCUCUGGGAGACAACUGGGGUGAUGCUCUCUUUGAACCAGUCCUUGCGAUUCCAGCCCUGAGAGGUUUAGAGUCCCAGAAUGAAGGAAGAGACCCUAGAAAUGCUCCCAAUUCAAUACAAGAGCUGUUUGAUGGAUUCUUGUGGGCCGUUCCAAAACACAGACGCAGCAUUCAACGCAACAGAGGUAGAAGGAGAGCUCUGGAUAAGAGAGUUUCAUACAAUACGUCAUUGGUACCUUGUGAAACAUGUGGAAACCUUAGACAGUUUGGCUACCUUUGUGGGCAUUGUCUGGUGAGGAUCAGGGAAGAAACAAAGCAGAUUCAAGAGGAGAUGUUUGGAGAACUAGACAAGGAUGGAGUGCUUCCGGACAAAGAGAAUGUUGUUAUAUAUGAAGGAGAGACUCUUAGUGAGGAUGAUAUAAGGGACAAACACCCAAUAGAAAUCAGAAAAAAGAGGCCAGCGUGGUUUAGUAAAGACCUUAUCCAAAAUUGGAAGAAAUGGUAGCCUCGUAUCAUCAACUGUUUCCGACAUAAUUGCCUUUUUAUUGGAUUAUGCAGAGGUCUCUAUGGCAGUCUGGACAGAGGAAUCUGAUCAGUAGCACAACCAGAAAGACAGAACAAUUAUGUAAUAGUAAGAUGUGUCUCUGAUAAUGGGUACCUGGUAAUGACUAGUGAACGUUUGGUGAGAAUGAGAACAAUCAAGAUGAGAACUUUUCAGGUGAAGAAAUAGUUAUUCAACCAUGGCAAGUUGGGCAACAUCAUUUUAAUUGCUAUCAAAAGAGAAGUCAGAUAGAGUAAGUUUGUAUGUCAUCCAGGACUACAAAUCAUCCAGGUUGACAAAUUUCUUGAAACAUAUCAUGUAAACUCUACAAAACAUACUUAUGCGAAAUUAUCCCUAUACGAACUGUCUUUAACUUGUUAUUACAUUUGACGGUAAGACUGUCAAUAAUAAUUUGCAAUAACUUGAAUAAUGUAUUUCAUUUUUCCCUAUUUUACUUUGUACACUGUCUACAGUCCCCAUCAACUGAUAUACAUGCAAAGUGAUGCAAUGGUAGAGAAUUGUGUCGGUUAAUUUGAUACCUCAUUCUAAGAAACUAGUCAAGACAUAAGGCUCUGGUUAUUAAAAAAUACAUGUGAUGCUUGAAUCCCAAUAAUUUUUUUAGGGUAAAGUAAGGUGGUUUUACAGGCAAGCUGUAAGGCUUAAGCCUUAUUCAGCACUCAUUGUUGUCAAUCAGCCAUGCAUUGAGUCUUUUGUUAGCCAUGAGAUAGUUUUGAGAUAUACAGUACAGUGGGAAAUCUAUGAAAAAAUGGUUAAUGAAGGUGUGGAAAUACAAGCAUUAUUUCAACAAAACAAACUUUGCCAUUUCGUGAUCUUUUUAUGUGAAGAACAUAUUUUGAACAUUUUAGAUGUGAUAUUCUUCUUGAAAUUCAGAUACCACCUGCUAAGUUACUUUUGGUUCCCUUUCUUCAUGUUUUUUAUGCACUAAUGCAUGAAUGAGGAACUAUGUAAGAUACUCCAGUUGAAAGGGAGCCUAAGCUUUACAAUGAUAGGUUAUUGUCUAUUGUAUUUGUGAUUAAUUUAUGACCAAAUAUCAUUUUUGUUUCUUUUUUUGGUGACGUGCACUUUAUUCAGAUUGUGUCAGAAAAAAAGUCCCAUCAGUUUUAAGUUGUCUUGUCUGAAGUAUGAACAUUUAAUCAUUGAUUUAAUAUGUCCUGGUAGUUAUUCCCUGCUGCAUAUUUUGGUAUCAUUGUCACGUGGAUCUUUGCAUGCAUGGCUGACUAUGAGACGAUCUUCAGGUGGUCGUAAAACUCCUGUCCCAUGUUUCAUGAUGUCAGUUUCACAUUAGAUUUCAGUAAUGUUAUUAAUGUCCAUGUAAAAAGUGAUAUUUUGCUAUAAAAAGUUACUGAAUGUGACUGAAUUAAUCUGAGAAUGUUUUUUAGUGGAGUAAGUAUACUGUUCUGGGCUGAAAAUGUUAAGUUACACAUAACUUGAUAAUUGACUUGCUUUAUAUUACGGGAAAGGGGAAUAACAUUUAGUAUUCCGGGGGCCGUUUCAUAAAGCUGUUCGUAAGUUAAGAGUGACUUUAAGAACGACUGGUGAUCCUUUCUUACGCGCUUAACCAUCGCAAAUGAAUAUAUCAUUUACCACAAGAAAGAAACACCAGUCAUUCGUAAAGUCGCUCUUAACUUACGAACAGCUUUAUGAAACACCCACCAGGUAGUACUGUGAUGAUGUGAUUAUACUGGUCAGUAGCAUGGUACAUUACUAACUUAACAGUACAGUGUAUACUACUCGUAUAUGAAAUAUCAAAUUUGUGCUAAAAUUAUUUUCAACAGUUAGCUUCUUUGAGCUACGUCAGCCUCACCAAAUAGUUUUUUAUUUGGUUCAAGAAAGAAAAGAUUGCACUGGAGUUGUUCAUAUGAGUGCAGCACAAAUGAAAUUAGAAAUGUUUACAUGUUGCUUGAGUUGGUCCAGGCAUCCUGUUACAAUUGUUAUUCAUGUAAAUAUUCAAUUUGUAUGAGUGCGAUCAUUCUAAAUUUUAAAAGUUAAAAGAGUCUAUUCAACCACGUGAAUUGGAGUUGACUGCUUCCUUUUCCAUUGAAUGUAAUAUUUCAAUGCUCGCACAAAUGACAAAACAUUGAAUGUUUGUUUUAUACAACAUUUUAUGAUGUACUGUAUGCAGAGCAGUGAUGCGGGUACACGUACAUGUAUGCAGGUAGGUUGGAACCACGGUAUGUACGUAUGCGAUCUGCCUGCUCCCUUGCUAGACAAUGCAAUAGUUGACUAUUGCACGGAUGUUGAGUGUUGCCGUGCUAUAGCUGAUUCCUCUAAAUGUCAUGUGUUACACAUUCAUCCAAUCAGCUGUCAAGGAUCUAUGUAUGUUUAAAGAUUGAUAUUUCAUACAAUAAAACUUAUAUUUAGAAUUUCACUUCAUUUAAA